AUGCAAAAGUUUGUUCCUCGUACAACCAUGAAAGCCACUGCAAUCACCAUAAAUCCCUCAUUCUCUCCACCCUUUUGUUCGUCUGCCACUACCCCUUUUUCUUGUUCCUCAUCAUCUUCUCCACACCCUGCAAGAUUUCAACGUUUGAAGUCGUCAGGAGCAAAACCCAUCACUCUUUCUUGCAGAGGAGCAUGGUUGCGGUCUUUGCAGGGGUCGAAAGCUCUGAGGGUUAGAAAAAGUUUUGUGCUUGAGGCUGGAAAUGUGACCGUGGCAGAGGUUGAUUCUAAUGGAGAGGGGGAGAACGAGGGUGCUUUGCUUGGCUCCGAGAAUGAGAAAAAUUCAAAGCCUCGGAGAAUUGCUCUCUUUGUUGAGCCUUCUCCCUUUGCAUAUGUCUCAGGAUACAAAAACCGGUUUCAGAACUUUAUCAGAUGCCUUCGUGAAAUGGGAGAUGAGGUGAUGGUUGUGACAACACAUGAGGGAGUGCCCCGCGAAUUUUAUGGUGCCAAAGUAAUCGGAUCUUGGAGCUUUCCCUGCCCUUGGUAUCAGAAGGUACCCCUCUCGUUGGCACUUAGUCCAAGAAUAAUUUCAGAGGUAGCCCGGUUUAAGCCUGACAUAAUCCAUGCAUCAUCGCCAGGCAUAAUGGUUUUUGGAGCUCUUAUCAUUGCAAAACUAUUGUGUGUUCCAAUUGUCAUGUCCUAUCACACCCAUGUACCUGUGUACAUUCCUAGAUAUACCUUUAGCUGGUUGGUGAAACCCAUGUGGUUGAUCAUAAAAUUUCUUCACAGAGCAGCUGAUCUAACUCUGGUACCAUCUGCUGCCAUUGCGGGGGAUCUCCUAGCAGCUAGAGUCACAGCAGCUAACAAGAUUCGGCUUUGGAACAAGGGUGUUGACUCUGAAAAAUUCCAUCCCCAAUACCGCUCCUAUGAAAUGCGGUUAAGACUAAGCAAUGGUGAACCUGACAAACCCUUGAUAGUUCAUGUUGGACGGCUUGGAGUAGAGAAGAGUUUAGAUUUUCUCAAAAGGCUCAUGGAUAGGCUUCCUGAAGCCCGAAUUGCUUUUGUUGGCGAUGGACCAUACAGGGAGGAGCUAGAGAAAAUGUUUGAAGGUAUGCCUGCAGUGUUUACUGGAAUGCUAGGAGGGGAAGAACUGUCCCAAGCAUAUGCUAGUGGAGAUGUGUUUGUGAUGCCUUCAGAGUCAGAGACACUUGGUCUUGUAGUUUUGGAGGCCAUGUCUUCAGGGAUACCUGUGGUGGCAGCACGUGCUGGAGGUAUUCCUGAUAUAAUCCCUGCAGAUCAAGAUGGUAAAACCAGCUAUCUGUAUAAUCCUAGAGAUCUUGAAGACUGCUUGAGCAAACUAAGGCCCCUUUUGCACGACAAAGUGUUGAGAGAAACCGUGGGAAAUGCUGCACGUGAAGAGAUGGAGAAGUAUGAUUGGAAGGCAGCCACACGAAAGAUUCGCAACGAACAAUACAAUGCUGCCAUUUGGUUCUGGCGCAAGAAAAGGGCUCAACUAUUGAGACCCUUCCAGUGGCUGGCAAAACGUUUUUCCCCAUCACCUCAAGUCAACUAA